AUGGCUACUCUGAUCUUUGUUGACAAGGAUAAUGAAGAACCAGGCCGCCAUUUGGCAUCUAAGGAUGGAUUGAAGCUGGGGUCUGGUGUCAAGGCCUUAGAUGGGAAGUUACAGGUUUCAAAGCCACAAGUUGGCAAAGUGUUCAAAGCUCCAGCCCUGCCUAAAGCCAGCAGAAAGGCUUUGGGAACAGUCAACAGAGCUACAGAAAAGCCAGUGAAGACUAAUAGACCCCUCAAACAAAAACGGCCAACUUUGACUGUGAAAAAGAUCACUGAGAAGGUUGCUAAGAUGCAGGGCUCUGUUCCUCCUUCUGAUGAUACCUACCCAGAUGUAGAGAAGUUCUUCCCCUUCAACCCUCUAGAUUUUGAGAAUUUUGACCUGACUGAGGAGCACCAGUUUGCACAUCUCCCCUUGAAUGGAGUGCCUCUCAUGAUCCUGAAUGAGGAGAGCAGGAUUGAGAAGCUGCUGCACCUGGACCCCACUUUGCCUAUGAAGACACCCUUUCUACCAUGGGAAUCUAAUCCGCUGCAAUCUCCUUCCAGCAUUCUGUCCACCCUGGAUGUUGAAUUGCCGCCUGUUUGUUACGAUGCAGAUAUUUAAACU